CUCUCCCUCCCUCCCUCUUCCUUUCUCUCUCUCUGUAAAAUCAAUAAAAAAAUUAAAAAACCAUAUUUGAUAUUAUCUGAGAUGUUUGGUAGGACCCAUCUGGUAUUUGUAUCAGUGUUUCAUUUCAUUAAAGGCUUGCUUUUAUGUUAAUUUAAGCUUGUCUUUUUUAAAAAAAACAAUUUUAAUAUAGUAUUACCUCAUUAAGAUUUGUGAAUUGCUUUUUGAUAAUACCUUAUACUGCUAGUUGGAUAAUUUAAUUGGCUAUUUUUUCCAAUUUGCAUAUGUAAUUGAAUCAAUAUCUUUUUAGAUCCGUAUGUCAAACUUCUACUUGAUGCCAUGAAGCACUCAGGUUGGUAAGUAAAUCUUUUUGAAGUGCUGCUCUAUAUUCUGGCUGCUAAAAACACCCCCCCCCAAAAAAAACUGGAAACACUUAUAUUUAACUUUAGGCCACAAAGCCUUUUUCCAUAUGGUGGGUGGUAGUGAUUGGCUGCAUUCUCUCCAGACAAGUCUUAUUCUUUUCGGACAUCUGCUCUAACGCUACAUCUCGGUUAUUUAGUAAAGACAAUACUUAAAAUCUUUCUUGUAAGUAAUUACUAAACCUGGCUUUUCCACUCUGCCAGCCUUGGCAAUGUCCUUAAUGGAGAAUAAAUCUCAGCUUGUUAUGUAGGAACUAUCCAGGCGCUGUUUAACUUUGAGGGGAUUGGAGGAAGUGACUUCUGAGGUCUACUUCUUACCGUUCUGGCCCAAGGACAGGAACUCUAUCGUAUUUCCAAUAUGGUCUUAAUUAGUUGACCAAAUGCUUUAUAAAUCAUAAAGUUCAUAGAAUUUGAAUUAGGAUAGAUUUCAGAGAUAAUUUCCUUGUUUUACAGAGGAAAAAACUGAGUCCUGGGGGUGUUAGGUUGCUUUCCCAGUGUUUCAUAUGUGUGAGUGGUGGCAGGGAUUUGAUGUGGGUCUCCUGGCCCAGGGCUGUUCCCUGUGCCACAUGCACAUUGCUUCUGGACAUUGUCUCGAAUUCCUUCUUGCCUUUUAGUGCUGUUAACAGAGAAAGACACUUUUCUUGUGAAGACUGUAAUGGAAAUGUCAGUGGAGGUUUUGAUGCUUCCAUGUCUCAGAUUGUUUUGUGCCAGAAUAAUAUCCGUAAUCAGGCCCAUAUGAACAGAGUGGUCACCCAUGAGCUCAUUCACGCAUAUGAUCAUUGUCGCGCUCAUGUUGACUGGUUCACCAAUGUCAGACAUUUGGCCUGCUCAGAGAUUCGAGCUGCUAACCUCAGUGGAGACUGCUCGCUUGUAAAUGAACUAUUCAGGCUACAUUUUGGAUUAAAACAACACCAUAAGACUUGUGUGAGAGACAGAGCCAUUCUUUCUAUCCUGGCUGUUAGAAAUAUCAGCAAAGAAGUAGCUGAAAAGGCUGUUGAUGAUGUCUUUGAAUCUUGUUUCAAUGACCAUGAACCUUUUGGAAGGAUCCCACAUAACAAGACUUAUGCAAAAUAUGCUCAUAGAGACUUUCAAAACCGUGAUCGGUAUUACUCAAAUAUAUGAAGACAAUGACAUUUUUAUACUACUGAGCCUCAGUGAUCAUGAAGAAAUAUGAUUCUCAAGUGCACAAAUGUGUAAAACAUAAGUGAUCAAUUAAGUACAGAUAAGACAGAAGAUGCUGAUUCUAGCAAAUGAUAAAAAAAAGUAACUGAUGAAAAAUGAAACUGCCUUAAACUCCAAGGCAAAAAUUGUAUCUUUAUAGCUAACCAUUUGGUAAAUAAGGCAAAUAAAUUACAUUUUUGUAUUUUU